CCGAAGAUCCACAUAGCCAAAAACUUUCGUGGGACAUACACUUUUGGUUAGGCGCUGAAACGACCACCGACGAAGCUGGCGCUGCGGCUAUUUACACCGUACAACUGGACGACCAACUGGAUGGUGCACCAGUGCAACAUCGCGAAGUUCAAGAUCAUGAAUCACAAUUGUUCCUGAGCUACUUUAAAAAUGGCGUGCGUUACGAGAAGGGCGGCGUCGCUACCGGCUUCGAGCAUGUCGAUGUGAAUGCUACUGGCGAAAAGCGCCUGUUCCAAGUGAAGGGCAAACGCAAUGUGCGGGUACGCCAAGUUGCUCUGUCAAUAACGUCGAUGAACCGCGGCGAUUGUUUCAUUUUGGAUGCGGGCGAAGAGAUUCUGGUGUAUGUGGGUGAGAAUGCUAAGCGUUUGGAGCGACUAAAGGCUAUUUACGCCGCAAAUGAAAUACGUGAUCAGGACCAUCAUGGCCGUGCGAAAGUGAACAUUAUUGAUAACUUCUCAUCCGACUUUGCGAAGGAACAAUUUUUUUCGGAACUUGGUUCCGGCUCAGCCGACGAAGUACCGGAUGAGACCACCGAUGAGGAAGAUGGUGCCUUCGAGGCCACAGAUAUCCAAGCAGUUACACUGUACAAAGUGUCCGAUGCUAGCGGUUCCUUGGAGAUUGAGAAGAUAUCUGAGAAGCCUCUACGCCAGGAGAUGCUCAGCACUGAUGAUAGCUUCAUACUCGACACUGGCUCAGGCAUUUAUGUGUGGGUUGGCCGCGGCUCCACGCAAACAGAGAGGACAAGCGCUAUGAAAAUGGGGGAGAAUUUUUUAGAGAGCAAAUCAUACCCAGCUUGGACGCAGGUGCAUCGAGUUGUUGAGGAUGGUGAACCGGCGCCGUUCAAGCAAUACUUUGCCGCUUGGCGUGAUCAAGGCUUACAGCAUAAGCACUUGGUGCGCACUGCAUUGGGUUAUAGCACCGAUGAUUCCGAUUACGAAGAGCCUGAUGAUGUCGAUUCAGUGCUGCAGAAUUUGAAGAAGAGCGGUGGUCAUGCAAUUGCUUUCAUGCCAGACAAUGGCGAGCAAGAUAUCGAACAUAUUAUCAAGUUUAGUUCGGAAUCGGAUGAUUUUGUAGUGCGCAGUAUCGUUGAUUUCGAAGGCACUACACCGCUAAUUGGACAAUAUGCCUACAUCAUCACAUACAAGUACAGCGCUAGGAGUGGUGAGGCUGGCAAGCUUGUGUACGUGUGGGAGGGCGCAAAGGCUAGCGAUGCUGUGAAGGAGCGCUCAUUCAACGAUGGUUUGGCGAUGGCAAUGGAGGAGAAUGCCAUAUUGGUGCGCACCGGCCAAAGUCAUGAGCCGCGUCAUUUUCUGAAAAUUUUCAAGGGUAAACUGAUUACGCCAUUCAACGAUGAGCCGAAGAGUGCGCAGCUUUUCCGUGUGCGCGGCACAGAUGCUUCCGAUGUGCAUGCAAGCGAAGUGGUUUGCAAAGCGUCAUCUUUGGCUUCCGGUGAUGUCUUUGCAUUGGUUACGUUGGAUCACAAGGUGUACAUUUGGAUUGGACAAGGUGCCUCUGAUUUCGAGAAGGCAUCUGCCAAUGAGCGCUUUGAGCACUACUGGCCUCACGGCAAGACAGUGGUCAUAGAGGAAGGUUCGGAGCCAUCUGAAUUCUGGGAAGAGCUGCAUAGUUACGAUCGCAACUUAAACAACUUUGGAGCGCCAUUGCUUGAGCCGCGUCUAUUCCACUGUCGAUUAGUGGCUUGGCGCACUCAAGUGGAGGAGGUUCGUGAUUUCCAGCAGUCGGAUCUUGAUGUUGACGAUGUUAUGCUGUUGGAUGCCGGCGAUGAAAUUUACUUGUGGGUAGGAUCAGGUGCCUCUGUAGAAGAAAACGCAAAAAUUCUACAAAUGGCUAAGAAAUAUAUCAAGCAGGAGCCUACCGAUCGCACAAUCGACACUGUGAGCGUUAUUCGCAUUACCCAAGGCAAUGAACCGCGUGUCUUUACUCGCAUGUUCCCUACGUGGGACAAGGAUUACUGGAAGACAGUGGUGUCCUACGACGAUGUCAAGGCACAGGUGAAAAAGCACAACGCCUCGCUUUAAGCGGUUAAUGCUGGAAAGUUUCGCGGAGAGAUAUAGCAAAGAGAGAGGACUUUUUUUGCUCAGCGAUGAGCAACCUAAAACACAGGAAUUCUAUACUUCCACCAAUAUAUAUUAUAAUUUUCAGACUAAGUAUACUGAAGGGAAAAUCCCAAGUUUUGAAAUGACACAAAAAAGCGAGUCGCAGAUUACGAACCAGUUGUCUGCUUUUCUAGAUCAGGUAAUUUCCCCAAGAUAUUUUAAUUUACAUAGAUGAAAAAAAAUCAAGUUUUAACAAGAAAAAAA